UCUCCUCAUCUCCGAUCACACCCGCAAGCAAGGGAGCCGCCCGCGUGUUCUUGCCGCCAGCGCUCGGGCAGCCAGGAACAAGCGCCGCCCUGGCAAUCCGCUGCAUUCUCAUGGUUUUCUCUGGCGGCGUGCGCUGCUGCUAUCGAUGGGCGACAAGCGAAGAACGAUUGCGUUUGCUCUGGAUGGCACCGAGGCCUCCCGGUUCGCCCUGAGCUGGGGCUUGGGCAACAUUGUCCAGCCUGCAUCUGACCACAUUGUCUUGCUUUCCGCGGGUGUGAUCGAGGACGACCUGGGCGACCUCUUUGAUCACAGUCUUGAUCAGCUCGCCAGUAACGGGCGUCCCGACGAGCGACCGUCCAGAUCCGAGAAACGGGCGUCCCAGGCAGCAAACACCGCCGUCGGGGCAGCAGAACAGCUUCUCCUAAGCCACUAUGCCGGCUCGGGUGUCGAUAUCUCGUACGAACUGAUAUCGUUAAAAACAGAGGACCCGCGAGACACCAUCGCCAAUUUUGUGGACCAGAUGGACGUUGAUCUUGUGGUUGUGGGCUCGAAGGGAGCGGUCUCGCUUCAGAAGCUGUGGACAGGCUCUACGGGCGAAUAUCUGGUCCAGACUCUGAAAUGCCCGGUCUUGGUGGUCAAAGACAAGAAGAAGGCAUAGCUGUGUGAACGACACGGUCCCAUCCAUAGCAACUCACAGGACUUGGGCAAGAGUAGCCGUACGAGGAGUGUCGCCGCAUGUUAUUCUUUGGUAUGAUCAAGAAGUGCUCCCCGCGAUACUUUUGCCGCCCAAAGCAAUGAUUCCGAUAUUCCUGGGUUACAGUGUAUCCAAUUAAAAACGGGACAUCUGUGUUUUUGACCAUUGAACGAAUAUUUUGUUACCCAAUGUUAUCGCGCGCUGGCCAUGACCAUUCGCCAGUGUGUCCAAGAGC